AUGGCGGCCUGGAAUAUCUUUCGCAUUCUUGGAGAUCUGUCCCAUUUAGGGUCAAUAUGCGUCCUACUCUGGGCUAUCCACAAGAAUAAGAGCGCCGAGGGCAUCUCACUGCUCACACAGCUGCUUUACGGUGUCGUCUUCAUAUUUCGCUAUCUUGACCUGCUGGAUCCCCACACGUACACGAGCGGGACAUGGCACGGCAUUUGGAAUGUCUCUUUCAAGCUCUUCUACAUAAUCUCAUCCGCAUACGUGAUAUUCCUGAUGAUGAAGGUAUACCCGCGGACGAGAGAGAGGGAGCGAGCUUGGAAACUCGGGUUGUGGUCUGUGGCUGGGUCCGUUGUUUUGGCACCUAUCUCAAUAUGGCUUUUCGAGAAAGAGGCUUACACUUUAUGGUUCCUUGACGUUUGCUGGGCUUUCUCCAUCAUUCUUGAAUCUGUGUGUGUUUUGCCGCAACUCCUUCUCCUUCGUCAAACCACUGUCCCAACGGUGAUCGACUCAUACUACCUGCUUGCUCUGGGCUCCUACAGAGCAUUCUACAUCCUCAAUUGGAUAGUCCGCCUUUUCAACAAGGAGCCCUUCUAUGACUGGAUCGCCGUCGUGUUUGGCAUUGUACAGACCGCCUUUUAUGUCGACUUUGCAUGGGUAUACUAUUCGCGCCAGCGAGUCAAGCUUCGCCAUGGUGGUGUCGUUGACUCCGAGGACUAUGGGAACAGUUGGCUGGUGAAUCGCGUGGUGAAUUUCCGGGCAUCGCGACGCUCUGCAGACGAAGAACAGCACCUUCAAGACGAGGAAGGAGUGGAUGGUCAAUCAAACCACAACCGGUGGGGCGCCCGUGGUAUUUCCAUCGCAGCCGACGAUACCCUGGAAACCAAUGGUCACAAUAAGGGACAUCAUGAUGAUAGUUUAGAUGGAUUUUCGGGGGACGAAGACGAAACGGAUGAUCACCGGGUGAACAAUUCUCAUUAA